CUUUACUAUGCAAGUUCAAAAUUUGUGUUUUAAUAUUAAGGUGUUUUUUUUUUAAUUUAGGGCCCCUUUAUAACAUCAUGCUACAGGCACCGCACGAGCUUCAUCCGGCACUGCCGGCAACCUAUCCAUUUGGGAUGGUACACGAAGCGCCAUCGCCCCCCUGCCUGUGACAACCACUGCAGACUUGUAAGGCGGCGCGCCUUGGCGAUAAGAAGGUCGCAGAGUCCCACAUGGUACUCCGUAGUAGUUCUCUCUCGCGACGUGGACCCAUCGCGUGGUAGAAACUCAUUCGUCUCAAACAGACUCGGCUCGCGUCGGCCGUCGCCCUCUGAAAUGGCCGCCAAUCGGUUGUGAAAUGUCGCGAGCAACGUUGUGCCGAGACGAACAACACGAAAGUCACCGACACCUUCGAGUGCCCAAGGGAGAAUAAAUGAAAAGGUGAAACGUGCUUUUUUUUUAAGGGGGGGGGGGGGGCACGACCGCAAACCCCGCGGCAGCUCAUUAACCAUUUACGUCUCGUCAGCACGGCCCCGUAUGAACCUGUUUGCUGCGGGUGGGAUGUGCGUCAGCACGGCCCCGUAUAAACCAGUUUGUUGCGGGUGGGAUGUGCGUCAGCACGGCCCCGUAUAAACCAGUUUGUUGCGGGUGAGAUGUGCGUGAGCACAGCCCCGUAUGAACCUGUUUGUUGCGGGUGGGAUGUGCGCGUUGGGUUCACUGGGACACAGCGAGCAGCGAUCGCUGCCGGAACUGAACCGCCCCCAUCACAGCGCGCCGAAUGCUUCACCUGACGCCGCGUGGAAUGGCUCCGGGUGCCGUCAGCAAAACGAAUCAACUAAAACCGCCUGGCGCACCCAAUCCGUCAGCCGGGACUCUAAGCUGUCACCCCACACGGUUUAGAACCCCGUGUGUUCUUGUACAGGGAGAUUUGGGUUUUCAGGUCCGUACGGCGUGACAGCCGCUUCAGUACGGGCAAUUUAUUUAAUCUAUUUGUGUUUCUCCCUUGUGAUGGGACUUUUGUAGGAUGAACGUUUAGCUGUAUAAGGGGCACGGGGUGACCAAUAAGGUCUGAGUUGGUCUGUAAUAAGGUAGGGCACUGAGAUAAGAGGGUUGACAGGUGUGCGGACGACACGUGGUGUUACAGGCUAUAAACAUGUUCGAGUGUAUGUUGUUAUACUGUACUCUACAUCGCAUUAUGUAUUCUAAAGUACGAUGUAUAGACCAGUGGUUCUUAAACCGGGGGGGGGGGGAGGGGUCCAGGCACACUCUGGGGGUGCGAGACACGGCCAGAAGGUAAAAUCGUCUAAACACAAUUUAAGCACGGGCACGACGAGAAUGAAAACAACGUUGUUUCAAACCCCAUUGUGUUUAUUAACUUUGGUCUCAAUCGUAAAAGAACAUGUUCAAGCGGCGGUGCAAGGCCGCAGUAAAUGUUCAGAACCACUGGCAAAGUCUUCCACAAUAAAGCACAGCACAGCACUAAACAUUAACUUUAAAAACAAAAACGUGACGGCGCGAACGAGACAGGGCAGUGCGGACGAGACAGCUCGACAAAAGAGAGCAAGUACAUACGACAGAACAAAUUAGAACUUUCAAAACAAUGAGAUUUGUACAAAUAUAAUUGACGCACGAGACAGUACAAAUAUGACAAGCAAACACGGGACAGUGCAGGCCAGAGUAAAAACUGGAUUAAAACGAGAGUGGACAUCUGUGAAAAAGAGCUUUAUAGCUCAUCGGAUUCCUCCAGUAUUAAAUAUUCUGAAAUGAGAUAGUUUGUAUUGUAUUGCUUGUAUUGUACUAAGUGGAAUUUACAAAACAUCAACGAGACAGACAGUUCCAACAAGAUGCACAGCACAAAUGAGAGUGUAAAUCGGAAAAUACACACGAGACAACUUACAAAACAGUACAAGCGACAGUACAACGAAUGUCGGACAGGACGCAGACACACACGCCCCUGUAAUGAAGUAGAGCCCACGCCAGGCAGGUGUAACACAUGAGACAGCACACACAGAGAGAGAGACAGCAUGCACCAGAGAAACGAUACAAACGAGACAGCAGGCCUGCAGACACGGGCAGUACAAACGAGGCAGCGCUAUGGACAGGGCGGGAGCGAGAAGGAAAGUGCGUACGUGACCAGGGGCACGGCACGCAGCCACAGCAGCAGCGACGAUUCACGUCACCUGAGCGUGGCCACGUUAGGCAACGUUCACCGUGUCUUGCUGCAGCUGGGCAAGCUGGCUACAAUGAGUCCUCACCUGGCCACGGCUCAGCGAUAUAAGACACGUGGGGUGGAUGAUAUAUCGACAACCAAACAUGGUCGCUCGGUGUCUCUGCCACGGUUCGGGUUAAAGGUCACGCCGUUGCCUUCGGAUAUCCGUGUACACCAUUCCGUGUACACCAAUCCGUGUACACCAUUCCGUGUACACCAAUCCGUGUCCACCAUUCCGUGUACUCCAAUCCGUAUCCACCAUUCCGUGUACACCAAUCCGUGUACACCAUUCCGUGUACUCCAAUCCGUGUACACCAAUCCGUGUCUACCAUUCCGUGUACACCAUUCCGUGUACACCAAUCCGUGUCCACCAAUCCGUGUACUCCAAUCCGUGUACACCAAUCCGUGUCCACCAUUCCGUGUACACCAAUCCGUAUCCACCAUUCCGUGUACACCAAUCCGUGUACACCAUUCCGUGUACUCCAAUCCGUGUACACCAAUCCGUGUCCACCAUUCCGUGUCCACCAAUCCGUGUACACCAUUCCGUGUACUCCAAUCCGUGUACACCAAUCCGUGUCCACCAUUCCGUGUACACCAAUCCGUAUCCACCAUUCCGUGUACACCAAUCCGUGUACACCAUUCCGUGUACACCAAUCCGUGUCCACCAUUCCGUGUACACCAAUCCGUAUCCCCAUUCCGUGUGCACCAAUCCGUGUGCACCAAUCCGUGUGCACCAAUCCGUGUGCACCGAUCCGUGUCCACCAUUCCGUGUACACCAAUCCGUGUAAACCAUUCCGUGUGCACCAAUCCGUGUACACCAAUCCGUGUACACCAAUCCGUGUCCACCAUUCCGUGUGCACCAUUCCGUGUACACCAAUCCGUGUCCACCAUUCCGUGUACACCAAUCCGUGUCCACCAUUCCGUGUCCAUCAUUCCGUGUACACCAUUCCGUGUACACCAAUCCGUGUACACCAAUCCGUAUCCACCAUUCCGUGUACACCAUUCCGUGUACACCAAUCCGUGUCCACCAUUCCGUGUCCAUCAUUCCGUGUACACCAAUCCGUUUAUCGACAUGUUUAGACGGAAGACUUAAUGCUGCGGUUGAGUGUUGACACUUCAACAACAGCCUCCAUUUUAAAUGUUACUCUCGGCGAGCUUGACAUCAACCAUUUUCUAUGACUACAAACAUUUAUCUUUACUGUAAAUAGUUCACAACAAAAAUGUGGAUUCUGAUGGUUUACUGUAGAGUACGUGGAAGUUGUCACUCAACGCAGUGUUUGACGUGCCACACACACACACAUAAGCACCAUCGCCCCAACCGCGGAUCUCUCCUCACCCCUUGCACGCAUUUUUCCGUUCCUUUUCUAUCAUUUCCCGUUCUUUAUUCGCUCUCUUCCCCUUCCCAAUCUUAUUUCUCUAUUCCUUGCAUUACGUCUUCGACUCUACUCCCCUUCCCGUGGUGUUGCCGCAGGUACAAAGUUGCUGAUAUUCUCUCUUCUGUGCCGCAUGAUGAUGAUGAUGAUGCGAAAUAAAUCAUUCAUCAGCAGUCGUUAGACCGUGGAUCCCAGGGCGCCCUGUGCAAACUCAUGGCGACUCUCAGCUCGUGGAAGCGUAGACUCCUCCGAGUUGUCAGUGUGAAAGCAGAUCGCCACGAACGUCCACGGCGAGGAAGGCGGCGGCUGUCCGGCCAAUGGCGAGCGCCGUCCGUCUUUAAAAGUCGGAGCUUCUCCUCCAACGCUCACAGUCUCUGGAGCUCACAUAGGACGCGGUUCUUGCUUCAACAGUGCUUGAACAGAACUCACCCCCUGUGUCAUCUCAGUUAACUCUCAAACGUCAGCAACGACAAC